AUGACCACCGUGUCCUCUCCAGGGAAGGUCCUCGUCGCGGGAGGUUAUCUUGUCCUCGACCCCGCGUAUUCUGGUGUCGUCGUCUCCACCAGUUCCAGAUUCUACACGACUGUGAGAAACAUCGAUGAGGCCGAGCUCCUUGCACGAGCCCACGCUGCCCGCCCGAUUGAGAUCCGCGUCCGCUCCCCUCAGUUUCUCGAUGCAACAUGGUCCUAUAUCGUCACCUUCGAUUUUGAUGGCGUGCGCAUAGAUCAGGCUGCAUUCAACCCAUCCAGGAACAAGUUCGUUCAUCUCGCGCUGCAGCGAACCCUUUCGCUAGCCCUCGAGGUCCUCAGCGCGGGAGCGCUGCAAAACAGCCUCUCCUAUGGCAUCGACAUCACCAUUGUCGGGGACAAUGAUUUUUACUCCCAGCGAGCACAGCUAGCCGCCUGCAACCUUCCCCCUACGCUCCGGUCCCUGGCACAGCUACCGCCCUUCAGCCGCACCGGCGUGCGCCUCUCCGACGUUCACAAGACCGGGCUUGGUUCGUCCGCUGCGCUCAUCACAUCGCUCGUCGCGAGUCUGCUCGUCCACUUGAACGUGAUCCCGCGUCGCGCCUUCGCCCCCACAGAGGGCGACACCGAAUGCGCGCAGACUGGACGCCGCCUCGCGCACAACCUCUCGCAGUACAUUCACUGUCUUGCGCAGGGCAAGGUCGGCAGCGGGUUCGACGUAUCCGCCGCAGUCUUCGGCAGUCAGAUAUACACGCGCUUUGACCCUGCCGUGCUGCAGCCUCUCAUGAGCGACGAUGUGCCGCUAAAUCAACCGCUCGCCGAGGUCAUCAGCCCCGCGAACUCGGCAUGGAAUUAUCGCGUGGAGCCGUUCAGGCUACCGCCACAGACGCGGAUGAUGCUCGCAGAUGUCGAUGCCGGGAGCGAUACGCCGUCGCUCGUCGGCAAGGUGCUCAAGUGGUGCAAGGAGGACAGCGCACGAGCGGGCGCAUUGUGGGAUGCGCUCGAUAAGCUGAAUCAGUCGCUCGCGCAGACGUUUGUGCGCAUAACGCAGUUGCAUGAUAGCGAUCCGGCUGCAUAUACGACGGCCGUCAAAUAUCUGUCGACACUGCAGUCUCUGCAGUGGCUCGCGAACCCAAUGAUUACCGAGGAUGACCAGAAGUUCAUCGAUGAAUUCUCGAAGGCGCACACGAUAUCGCUCGAGAUUCGCGAAAAGAUGCGUGAAAUGGGGACACUAUCGGGCGUACCGAUCGAGCCGUCAGAGCAGACUGAGUUACUUGAUGCAUGUAUCGGCUUGGCUGGCAUCAUCGGAGGAGGCGUUCCUGGAGCGGGGGGCUACGACGCGAUCUGGCUGCUCGUGCUCGACCCGGAAAAUUGUCCGCCGGCGGAGCUUCCAUCCGGCCGCGUUGAGCGCGCCUGGGCAAAAUGGGCCAAGCUCGACGUUUCCCCACUCUCCGCGACUGAGAGCAUCGCGAUGGGCGUGCGCCUAGAGGACGCGGCCGCAGUCCCUGGUUUGCAGGAGCUAGUAGAAGCGCCCUGGUGA